GGGAAAAAGUAUGGGGAGGUGAAAAAUGCGUUUGUAGUAGUAGUGGCAAAUAGUUGGUGGUGGUGGUGGCUAUAAAGAGCUUGUUGCAUAGGUUAAAAACCCUCUCCCUUCUCCCCUUCUUGUUCUUCCAUACCCACUCUUGCUUAUCAUCAUCAUCUCCUUCAGGUUUUACUCAGAGAAAAGAGAGAGAGAAAGAUGGGGAAUUGCCAAGCCAUUGAUGCAGCGACUUUGGUUAUACAACACCCAAAUGGGAAAGUAGAGAAAUUGUAUUGGCCUGUGAGUGCCAGUGAGGUUAUGAAGACGAACCCUGGUCAUUAUGUUGCUCUUCUCAUCUCCACCACCUUGUGUCCUCUCAAAACCAAUGAACAUGUUGCAAACCAUGAGAGACCAAACAACAAUGAAAACAACCACAACAACAACAAUAACAAGAACAAUUCAGUUCGUUUAACACGCAUCAAGCUUCUGAGGCCAACUGAUACUCUUGUUCUUGGUCAGGCUUAUAGACUCAUCACUUCUCAAGAGGUUAUGAAAGGUUUGUGGGCAAAGAAACAAGCAAAGUUGAAAAAGAACCAUCCAGAAGGGGAAAAGCCAUUAGAGAGACAGAGAGAAAAGCCAGGUUCAGGGCCAGUCAUAGCAACCAGAGGUUCUGAGCUCCUGGAGAAGGACAACCAGGUGAUCAUAAAACAUGAGAGACACCGACCAAGGACAACUACAGCAACUCCCUCUGCCACAGCCAGGUCAAGAACAUGGCAACCUUCAUUGAAAAGCAUCUCAGAAGCUGGAAUUUGAUAAUGCAUGUUUCCUAACUUCCCACAUGAUGCGUAAGCAACUAAAAGGGAAUUCAAAUGGAUCACUCAAAUUUUUACCUGCAGAGAAAAUCGCCAUGCUACCUCUUAAAGACUCUGAAAAUCAAAAUGGUUAAAAACACAAAAGAGGCAGUGAAAACUAUGUUCAGGUUCAGAUCUAAGUGAUGCAUAUUUGUGUAUAGAAGAGAGUGACAUUCAGAUGCUCUUACUGUAAUGGAAUUUCAACUUAUGAGAAGAAAAAAUUGGCUAUUAUAUUGGAUGGUUGUUGUUUUA